CACUUGUUGCUGCUGCUGCUGCUACCCAUCAACAAAUUUUGCUGCCUGUGAAAUUUAUUGCCCCAUCAUGGCAGAAGUGAAAGAGGAAGCAGUCCCAGGUGAGGAGCAGCAGAAGCAGCUCAGCCACACCUCCGAAAGAGCGGAAGAUACCCAACCUGCUGCCCGCUCAGAAGACGCAGAGGAGCGGCCACCGGAGGUCACAGCGGCCCCCUCCAUUCCCCAGAAUGAUGCCAGCUCUGUGGUGUCGCCUGUGAACCAGUUUAGGAUGAAGAGGUUCUUCGUGCUCAGGCCUGGCACUCUGAAUCAGGCCCUCAAAGACAUUGAAGCUCUGGUGGAUAAAGAAGUCGAUGGCAGCAUUCACAGCAUUUGGCUGAUGGCAGAGGUGGACCACUGGAACAAUGAGAAAGAGCGCCUGGUUCUCAUCACAGACAGCUCUCUCCUGGUCUGCAAGUACGACUUUGUCAUGUUCAACUGUGAACAAGUGCAGAGAAUACCUCUGAACUUUGUGGAUCGCAUCUCCUACGGCUCCUUCAGCUUCCCAAAGCACUCUAUUCUUCAGAGAGAGGGGGAGGGGGUACGAGUCUUCUGGGACCGGCUGAGAGAGCCGUCCUUCACCUCCAGGUGGAACCCCUUUGCCACCGACUUCCCGUUCAUCACCUUCACCUACCAUCCUGUGAGAAACAUCAAUGACAAGUUUACUUCCCUCUGUGACAUCCAGAAGUUUCGAGAGCAGCUCAAAGAAGCAGCACAGAAAGUGCACGCCAUGAAGCCUGUUCCUGGGAAAGCUAACGGCGUCCUGGUUCUGAAUCAGAAUAUCCACAUCGAGGCCUAUGUGGGCCUCAUGUCUUUCCUCGGGAACCAGAACAAGCUGGGAUACUGCAUGGCUCGAGGAAACAUCGGCUUCUAGCUCCUCUGCAUUUAUAUUAUAGUUUAGUUUUAGCUCAGGGUCUUGAAUUCAUGUUUUGAAGAUUGUUUACAGAGUUUAUUUAAAUUCUAAAAGGGUUGACCAAAGAUUCCUCCUUAUUCAGGUUUGUGUCAUUGCAGCCUGGAUCUCAGGAUGUUCUGUGAGAGCUUUAAACAAGUGUGUGAUCUCCCACGCUGCUUAUUACCAGUGUGUGGUGUCUGAGCACUCAGAAAUAUCCACAUUUCAACAUGGCUCUUCACUGAAUGACGGAUCCCCCGCUGCUCUCAAGGAGCUUUGUAUUUGCUCCUCAGUGAUAUGGUAAUUCAACUCUUUCGCAAUGGGACUCCUUUCUUCCUCCCCCGUUCCUCUGCUAAAAGCUCAUUCCCAUGCCGUUCAGCUCCUCAGAGAUUCACUGGAGCAUGGGGGCACAUUUGUCAGUUUAGUUUUAUCACUGCUCGUGUAUUUUUACAGUGUGUACAGUGAUGGAAUUUCCCCUUGAUUUGUGUGUUUACUGCAUGUCACUCUGCCUUGUUUUGGUAUCGUCUGUUUGUCUUGUGAGCCUGUCAUAGACGAGAAGCUAAACCCUCACAGAUUUGGUUAUUUUUUCCUUUUUAGCUGCAUGAAAUACAUGCACUCUUCCUGACAGUUAAACUCUGACCUUAUUAAGGGUAUCACUCAUGACUGAGAUUAACUGAAAAAUUAACCAAGUGGCCAAAGUUGCAUUCAAACCACGUUGCAACUGGCAAAAAUCGUAACAUUUUCACAUUAUUGUAAAGAGAAUAUGUUUUGUUGAAAGGUUUGUUUUGGAAAACCCUUGGUAAGAAACAUAGUUAAAUGCAUCACCAGUAGAGCGACAUUAAUAUUUAACAAUUCAACAGAUCAUUUUUAUUUUUAGAAAUUCUGGUGGAACAGCUUUAAAAUGAGGAAUUAUGCACUAGCAGUUAGCUCUUCCUUCAUGACUCUACUCAGCUCUCCAGAAGUCCUAACCUCUCAGAAAAGUCAAAUAUACAAAUCUGAGUUUUAACAUCGCUGCAGGUGACUUCUGAGGCCCCUUAUUACAUUGAGUCUCUGCUUUAGUGUUGUAUUUUUAAAUCACAGCCCACAACAGUGUGAUAAAGACCAUAUUCCCCUGAUAGCCAUGUUCCUGUGACCUCAUGUCAAGGAUGGGAUACUCAGCUGUUGUUCUCAGAUUAUUGUUUUCAAGCUUGUUUGUCAUAAAAUGCUGAGAUUCUGACAGCUGUUUUAAUUUCAGUCCCUCCUGAUUGAAAAGCUACGGUGCAAUCUGACACUCCAAAGACACCGGACCAAGUUCCUGCAGAUUCUUAAAAGUCCUAAAUUGGACAUCUGAAAUUUAAGGCCUUAAAAUUUUUUUUUUUGUUUGUUUGUUUGUUUUUUGUUUUGUUUUUUACCUGUGAGAUUCUAGAAGGUGCAUUGACUAAGAGGUGCUUGUAUCCAGUUUUUGUUUUCUAGCCAUUAUAACAUUCUGAUCAUUGUUUUUGUGUGUAACUAUUAGCAGUUUACAGCCAUGCAGCCUGAACAUGACCUUCCAAUCUGUCUGUGUUAGCUUCGCCCCCUCUGUGUGAUUGGGGAUCAGAGAGGAUCAUUUAGUGUCAAGAGAUGUUGGCAAAAUUAUUUAAGAAAAGAAGAAGAAAUGUCUUCAACUAUACAAGACCAAUCAUUAUGAAAGGCUGACAAAGAAAGGAUCAGAAAAACUGUAACAAUACAUGAUGGCUGUAAAGUAAGCAUCAAGAGGUCUCCACUUUUUGACUGUUCAAAAAGUGGUGUUAUUUUUUCUCAGUUCGGUUCUUAAAAAAUUUGAUUUCCAAAAGUUUGUAGAAACCCAGUUUUAUGUGAAAAACAGGUUUGAUAACCCAUCACCUUCCAUCAGAUCAGGGCAAAUGUUCGCAUUCAGCCACUUACAAGUUACCACUUCCAUUUCUAGGAGCCAUCUCUUUCAUGUAAGCAGGAUAUUGCUCCUGUCUGAGAGACGGUUUCUUUAUUCCAUUCUUGUUUGUUUAUUCAUUUUUUACCAAAUGAAGAGCUGUCUGUGAGUUGAAGCACUGACUCUUAUGAAUGCCAAAUGAUCUGGAUGUCAUAAAAGUUAGUAUUCCCAUCACUACAGGGUGAACGUGGGUGUGGAAACACAAGCAAGAUGAGAGUUUACUGUACCAAACUGUACUCAGCCAAACCAACCUGCUGGAUAGAAAUGCAACUUAGAAUGGAGAAAAGCGUGCAGAGUAAGAGCUUCGUCCCAGAACUCAAUAACAUCCUAUUUUAGCCUUCUACUGUGCAGUAUGUUGCAUGUUUACUGUCUUCAUGUACGGGCCCAUCUUUAUGUGAUGUAUUGUCUCUAUGUGUCUGUACAGACUAAAAAUAUAUUCCCUAUGUAUUCCCUAUGGGACAAUAAAUGGCUGACUAUCCAGUUAUCAUCUCUAAUAACUAAGUAUGCAUUAAUGUACAAACUGAAUAGUAAAACUUUCAAAGAACUUAAAAUGUCUUACUGGGGUUGCAUGCAUCAAUUUCUUGGAAUCACACUCUCAUAAAAGAAAGCUAAAUCCUGACCAGAGAAGUUGAAUCCCACCAGAAAACAUUAAAACAAAGAAAUGAAAGGUGAAUAGAAAUGACAUACUCUGAGUGGAUAUUGCUAAACAUUAUAUCCACUGAUGGUGCAAGAAUAGUGUUGAAAUAAUAUGAUAACAUCUUCAAAAGAAAAUGGAUAUGGGCAGUGUUAUAUUUUUAUGUUUUGUUAAAAGACAGGAGUUUCGUGUGCUUCAGUCUCUCCAGAGGUCGAGGUCUGUGCUCUCAUAAAAGAACCAGAGACAAUUACAAGAUGAUUCAACGGACACCUUCUUACAGUGAAAUCCAAUGAAAAUACUGGAGGUAAAAGCCAAUCAGAUUAAUAAGAAGGGCGUAGACCAUGAAGAGCUUUAUAAACCAAUAAGAUAUUCUUAAAAUAAGUACUAAAACUAGCAGGUUGUCAAAGCAGAGACUAACACUUCUGGUCUGUGUCAGCAUUUGUGCAGGCAGGUUUUGGAGCAGCUGCAGCUGUGAAAUAUUCUUUUAGGGAGUUUAGGGAGACCAGAAAAAAAAGCAUCACCUUAGUCGAUUUUAUAACUAGAAAAGCAGACCUCCGCCAUUGGCCCUAUUUCCUAAUAGUACAGAAUCCUUUAAAAAAU